AUGACGACCCUGGACUCCAACAAUAACACAGGUGGUGUCAUCACCUACAUUGGCUCCAGCGGCUCUUCCCCAAGCCGUACCAGCCCUGAGUCUCUCUACAGUGACAGCUCAAAUGGCAGCUUCCAGUCCCUGAGUCAAGGCUGCCCUGCCUACUUCCCACCAUCACCCACUGGAUCCCUCACUCAGGACCCAGCUCGCUCCUUUGGGAGCAUUCCACCCAACUUGAGUGAUGAUGGCUCCCCUUCUUCAUCUUCCUCCUCCUCCUCCUCCUCCUUCUAUAAUGGGAGCCCCUCAGGGGGUCUACAAGUGGCCCUGGAAGAUAGCAGCCGAGUGUCCCCCAGCAAGAGCACCAGCAACAUCACCAAGCUGAAUGGCAUGGUGUUACUGUGUAAAGUGUGUGGGGACGUUGCCUCGGGCUUCCACUAUGGCGUGCAUGCCUGUGAGGGCUGCAAGGGCUUUUUCCGUCGGAGUAUCCAGCAGAACAUCCAGUACAAAAGGUGUCUGAAAAAUGAAAACUGCUCCAUCGUCCGCAUCAAUCGCAACCGCUGCCAGCAGUGUCGCUUCAAGAAGUGUCUCUCCGUGGGCAUGUCUCGAGAUGCUGUGCGUUUUGGGCGCAUCCCCAAACGAGAGAAGCAGCGGAUGCUUGCCGAGAUGCAGAGCGCCAUGAACCUGGCCAACAACCAGUUGAGCAGCCAGUGCCCGUUGGAGACCUCACCCACCCAGCAUCCGACUCCAGGCCCCAUGGGCCCCUCACCACCUCCCGCUCCGGCCCCCUCACCCCUGGUGGGCUUCUCCCAAUUCCCACAACAGCUGACACCUCCCCGAUCCCCAAGUCCUGAGCCCACAGUGGAGGAUGUGAUAUCCCAGGUGGCCCGGGCCCACCGAGAAAUCUUCACCUAUGCCCAUGACAAGCUGGGCACCUCACCUGGCAACUUCAAUGCCAACCAUGCAUCGGGCAGCCCUCCAGCCACCACUCCUCAUUGCUGGGAAAGUCAGGGCUGCCCGCCUGUCCCCAAUGACAACGUUAUGGCUGCCCAGCGUCAUAAUGAGGCCCUGAAUGGUUUACGCCAGGCUUCCUCCUCUUACCUUCCCGCCUGGCCCCCUGGCCCUGCCCACCACAGCUGCCAGCAGCCCAACAGCAACGGGCACCGUCUAUGCCCCACCCAUGUGUACCCAGCCCCAGAAGGCGAAGCACCUGCCAACAGUCCACGGCAGGGCAACUCCAAGAAUGUUCUGCUGGCAUGUCCCAUGAACAUGUACCCCCACGGACGCAGUGGGAGAACCGUGCAAGAGAUCUGGGAGGAUUUCUCCAUGAGCUUCACACCUGCUGUGCGGGAGGUGGUAGAGUUUGCCAAGCACAUCCCCGGCUUUCGUGAUCUUUCUCAGCACGACCAGGUCACCUUGCUUAAGGCGGGAACCUUUGAGGUGCUGAUGGUGCGCUUUGCAUCGCUGUUCAACGUGAAGGACCAGACAGUGAUGUUCCUGAGCCGCACCACUUACAGCCUGCAGGAACUUGGAGCCAUGGGCAUGGGGGACCUGCUCAAUGCCAUGUUUGACUUUAGUGAGAAGCUCAACUCCCUGGCGCUUACCGAGGAGGAGCUGGGCCUCUUCACCGCGGUGGUGCUUGUCUCUGCAGACCGCUCGGGCAUGGAGAAUUCCGCUUCGGUGGAGCAGCUCCAGGAGACGCUGCUGCGGGCUCUUCGGGCUCUGGUGCUGAAGAACCGGCCCUCGGAGACUUCCCGCUUCACCAAGCUGCUGCUCAAGCUGCCGGACCUGCGGACCCUGAACAACAUGCAUUCCGAGAAGCUGCUGUCCUUCCGGGUGGACGCCCAGUGA